AUGUCUACAUUCGUCCAGUCAUGGGCCAAGGCCCAGGCCCAAAAGUCCCAAAUCCACAGCUCCAAAAAUGCCCCAAUCUUCUUCCGCAACCUCGAAGCAGAGCUCGAUACUCUCAGGGAGAAUCAGCGCUGCCUGUCCAUCCACAGCUACCCCGGCCUAGGAAAGGACAUGAUUGACUUCGCCUCCGCCGACAUGCUCGGGCUUGGCACCUCAGGCAGGAUGCGUGAGGCAUUCAUGGAGGAGCUGGCGCAGAACCCGGACUGGUGGGUGAGCGCCUCCGGUCCGCGGUUGACCUUUGGCAACUCCAAGUAUAUGGAGGACUUGGAGCAUGAUAUUGCUGAGUUCCACGGCGCUGAGACGGCGCUGAUGGCUGUUAAUGGUGGGAUGGCGAAUGCGGCCAUCUUUACUGCCAUUCCGCGUGCCGGCGAUGCUCUCGUGUACGAUGAGUACAUCCACGCAACUGUGCACGACGGCAUGAAGAACAGCCUCGCGCUGGUCAAGAAGGCCUUCCUCCAUAAUAACUUAGACUCGUUCCGGGACACCUUGGAGUCCGUCCGCAAUUCCCAGCCACUCAUCCGCAAUGGGAAGCGGUGUGUUCUUAUUGCUGUCGAAGGCAUCUACAGCAUGGACGGAGACGUGUGUCCUCUGGAAGAGCUCGUAAGCAUAGCCAAGGAAAUCUUCCCUGAUGGCAACGCGCAGUUCGUCAUCGAUGAAGCCCAUUCCCAUGGCGUCAUUGGGCCGAAGGGUGCAGGGCUCGUUUCUGCUCUGGGGCUUGAAAAGGAGAUUGCCAUCCGGAUGCACACACUUCCGAAAGCCAUGGCAGCCGGUGGCGCUGUCAUCAUGUGCAACAAUACUGUUCGAAACAUGCUCCUAAACUUUGGGAGAAACAUUCUGUUUUCUGGUGCACCAGGCUUUCCUCUAUUAGCGGCAAUUCGCGUCGGGUACGACUUUUUGCAAAGCGGCGAGACGCAGCAGGCACAAGACAGAAUAAAAUACAUGGUCCAACUCUUCAAGGACAAACUGACAUCCCACCCAGUCUGGGACGCAGCCAACGACGCCAAAAUCCUGCGUGUUCCACUCUGGGACCAAGACGAGCAGGAACAGCGCUUCUGGACUCCCAUCGUCCCCAUACUAACGCGCCCCAACACGAAGCACAACGUCUACCUUGCCUUCCAUCUACAGCUCAACGGGUUCAUUGCUUACCCUGUCUACUUCCCCGUCGUCCCCAAGUCGGCGGAGAGGGUGAGGAUCAUUUUCCAUGCUUCGAACACUGACGAGGAGAUUGAGGCCAUUGCUGCGUCUAUUUGUGCCUGGGCGGAAGAGAUGCUUGAAAUUGAUGAGGAGGGUACUGCGGGUGUUAGAGUGCCGACUGCUGCUCGCCAGGCGUAUGCCAUGAUGGAGAAGGAGAGGUUGAAUGGGUCAGCGUAG